AUGAGAGCAGCAGAGGAGCAGGCAGCACCAGAGCUUGCAGGAAAAAGGAUCAGAAAAAAAAAGAGCAAAGAUGGGUUUUUUUCAAGUUUUAGUAUUUAUAAUACCACUUGUUCUUUUGCUUUUCUGCAGGUCAGCCGAAUUUUAUAUAGCUUCUCCACAGCGUUCAAACGUUCUUCCAAACAAGCAUCUGAUCACGUUAAGGACUUCAUUCUUCCUACUCCAGACAGUGAUGUGUACACUUUCAGUGUUUCCUUAGAAGUCAAAGAAGAUGAUGGAAAAGGAAAUUUCAGCCCUGUGCCAAAGGACAGAGACAAAUUAUAUUUCAAACUCAAGCAGGGAAUUGAGAAGAAAGUGGUGAUUACAGUUCAGCAGCUCUCGAACAAAGAACUGGCCAUUGAAAGAUGCUUUGGGAUGCUGCUGAGUCCUGGAAGAAAUGUGAAGAACAGUGACAUGCAUUUACUAGACAUGGAAUCCAUGGGAAAAAGCUCUGAUGGGAAGGCUUAUGUAAUUACUGGACUAUGGAAUCCUAAUGCACCUAUGUUUCUAGUACUUAAUGAGGAAACACCUAAAGAUAAGCGUGUGUACAUGACUGUGGCAGUGGAUAUGGUUGUUACUGAAGUAGUGGAACCAGUGAGAUUUUUGCUGGAGACUGUUGUGCGCGUCUAUCCUGCCAACGAACGCUUCUGGUACUUCAGCAGGAAAACCUUCACAGAGACUUUCUAUAUGAGGCUGAAACAGUCUGAAGGAAAAAGCCACACCAGUGCUGGGGAUCCCAUUUAUGAAGUUGCCAGCCUACAGAGAGAGUCUGCAAGAGAAGAGCAACUGCUGAGCCCAACAAGUGGAGGGGGGCCUGUAUCAUCCCAGGAAGAUGAGGCAGAAGAAGAGAGUGAUAAUGAACUCUCCAGUGGCACUGGUGAUGUGUCAAAGGAUUGUCCUGAGAAGAUUUUGUACUCCUGGGGAGAAUUACUAGGGAGAUGGCACAAUAACCUUGUGGUGAGACCCAAUGGAUUGUCCACACUGGUGAAGAGAGGAGUUCCUGAAGCACUCAGGGCAGAGGUUUGGCAGCUGCUGGCAGGAUGCCACGACAAUGAGGCAAUGCUGGAUAAGUACAGAAUUCUCAUCACAAUGGGUGCUCAUGCACUCUGA